AUGAUGGUGUGUCCAUACCAAGGAAGGAAAAAAAUGAACCUUCCUAGCUUUCUCAUUUUGGUAACAAUGGUGGCGAAAAGCAGUCAAUUAACAUGCCAAAGCAGCUUUCGACGUCCAGAAUAUACUGACAUCUCAGUUGAAUGCGGCACUUCCUCAAUUAGCCUGGCUAUCCUAAUCUGCCCUGUCGUCUACACUGGCUACAACGAGUCUCUUCUCAUCCUCAACCAUAUAUUUGACAAGCCAGAGUGUAAAGGAACCUUGGAUGAAUCGGUCACCCCACCUGUUGUCAGGUUCACCUUUCCCCUCAACAUGACCAAUGCUUGUGGCAGCACAUUUGUGACCACCAGUGCAGCUGGCACGGGGAUCUUUGCUGACUUCUCCAACAUUCAGACAGUUAAUGUCAGUGGUGUCGUGCGCUCUUAUGAUCCAACCACGGGAGUAGUCACCUACAAUGCUGAGCUCAAAUAUUAUUAUUCCUGUGCUUACCCUCUGGAAUAUCUCAUCAACAACACCCAGGUGGAAGUGUCAGCAUCUUCCAUUGCAGUGAGGGACAACAAUGGAAGCUUCAUCAGUACUUUGAGCAUGGAACUCUUCAGUGAUGUCAACUACACUACUCCUCUGGUCAUACCUCCACUGGGAUUAGAAUUGAGGACCAAUGUCUAUGUCCAGGUCCAAGCAGCCAACCUGACUGAUCAGUAUCACGUUCUCAUGGACCGAUGCUAUGCUUCCAUCUCUCCUCAUCCCACAAACUCCACUUUCUUCAACCUGUUUGUCUCGUGCUCUAAGGACCAGAUGACCACCAUGCAUGAGAACGGGGACAGUCACCACGCCCGCUUCUCCUUCCCAGCCUUCAGGUUCCUUGAACAGCAGAACCAGACGGUGUCCACUUAUUAUCUUCACUGUAUCACCAGGCUUUGUGAAAUCAGCACCUGCAAUGAUUUUAAGCAAUGUAACAACAGGAGGAGAAGGGAUGUUCAUUCCACUGGUAUAUCAGAAGCCACCACCCUAACCACAGCUGUGCCUAUAGUCACAAGAAAUGAGAAUUUACUGACAUCCAAGGAGGAAGCUAUGUCCAGCAGUGACUCGGACUCCAGGAUGGGUCUUGGAAUAGCUGUGGGUGUCCUUGCUUUGGCUGUCACUGUGGUUCUAGUUGCAGCAGCCAUCCUCUACAGGAGGCUCAGACACUUUUAAAGGGGAGGAGACCUGUCUACACGAGCUAAAUUG